GAGGCAGUGUGAGAGUGUUGUUUGCCCGUUUCCUGAGAGCGCAGUUUUUACUCCACCGCAGCGCCGAAUGAAAAUAAGCCGCAGUCAGAUAAAAUCCGAAAGAUAAUUAGUAUUUAGUUCGGGAAGUGUGCUUGAACCGGCCAAAUGUACUACCGCGGUAUUGCUCGGAAGCGGCGGCCUGCAGUGUUCAUCGGUUAGUGGUUGUGAUCUUGAGGCCAAUCCAAGUCCGUAGUGUGCUAGGCGUACCGCGCGUGAAAGUUUUUCCGCCCCGUUUCGGGGUCAAGUGAAAUCCUCCCGGUGGCCCUCGGGUUGCCCAGGUGGUCCCUCUUUUUCGUUUUGCAAAUGGUGGUGGUCCCAAUCUCGCCCUGGAGUUGCUGCGUAGUAGUGUGAAGAACUUCGGCUGUCAAUUGGCUGCAGGACCCGGCGGGGGACCGGCGGUGGAAACUCCCCUCCCCGGUUCGGUUUCACACGCAAGUGUCCACGGCCAACCCUUUUCGAAAGCUACUCUCGUGUCCACCGGCCGGGCAGAAAUUAAUGUCUUCCUUUUCACCGAAAAUGACUUCCAAAGUGAAUAAUUACUCAUUGACACAGAGCAAUUGGUGCUGGUGGGCUGCAAUCAUAAUUAAGGCCAGCAACGGUAACGGCGGUGACGACGAAGACUUCAGACGAUCGCAGUGGUGGACAGGUCCGGGAUCUGCUGACAUUGUGGGUGAAGCAGCAGGGAACGUGUAGUUGCGUUGACAACGAGAGCGGGAAAUGCUAGUCCUGAACACCGAAAGAGCAGUUCCAUGCGAAAUUGCCAUCAGGAGCAGUGCGUGUGAUAUUAGCCCGAGGGCGCGAAUUAACCGAAGAGGCAAAAAAAAGCAGUUACUGAUCGUGGUUGGUCGUUGUUGAACCCAGCACUUGCCAUAAUUGAUGACUUGAACAGAGUGACGCUUUUGAACAACGAAACCCGCCGUACAGAGGAAAAAAAAAAAUUCUCGCAAAAAACAGUCUCUCGAUUGGAUCACGACUUAAUUAAAAUUCAAUAAAAUCCAUACAAGAAACUGUACAGGAAGAAAAAGUGCUCCAACACGGUGAAAAUCUCCGGUGCCCCAGUGAACCCGAGAAUCAAUUGAGGAUAGCGGUCGGUCAAGGAGAGAGGAACUCUCGAUAUAAUCGCUUUUAACGGGCUGUGAUAUUUUGUUGCGAUCGUGACGAGAGGCGAAGAGUGACAGGGAGGGAGGAAGUGAGUGCGAGGAUCAGCAAGUGACAGGAGCUACGGCAGCAACAGCGCGAAUUGGUCGUCGUCGAGAAGCGGAACUCCAGUGCAACUAGCAAGUGGCAACAUGCGUUUUGUGCUGAUUGGAAUUUAUUUGAUAUUAAUUAUGCCCAUCACGGGAUCUUGGUGGGCCGAGGGCAGCAACAUUCUGCUGGAUCCGGCGCAGGUCUGCGAGAACAGGAACAACAAAAAGACCAAACGGCUGGCCGGGAAGCUGGCGGACAUCUGCAAAAAUGACACCUCGCUCAUGAAGGAGAUCAAACGGGGCAUCAGCCUGGGCUUCCGGGAGUGCGAGAACCAGUUCCGGAACAACAUGUGGAACUGCUCGUGGACGAUCAAGCGCAGUAUGCGGCGGAUACUGACCAGGGAUACCCGCGAGACGGCGUUUGUACACGCGAUCACAGCCGCCGGAAUCACGUACGCCGUUACGAAGGCAUGUACGAUGGGCGAUCUGGUGGAAUGCUCCUGCCAGAAUCACGUCAAGAAGAGCGUCCAGAACUUCCCCCAGGGUGCCGGGGUUGGAGACGUCACAGGACUUGGCGCCGGAGGAAUCAAUGGACCUGGACCUGGUCCUGGUGGUGGGAAAAAGGGCGGUCGUAAGGGUGAUAAGAACGGAGCCGGCCCAGGACGGAAGGUGAACACUCGCAACACGAUGCUGAUUACUUCGUAUCGGAAUGUCAAUAGCAAUUUUAACUAUAAUAGUCUGCCGGUACCAGGUGCCAACAAGAAGGACGUUUUGAAAACGUUGCAAGGGCAGCAGAAGUCCACCGCUGCCAACGGAGGGAAGGAAGGCAGCUGGGAGUGGGGUGGAUGCGAUGACAAUGUGAUUUUUGGAUUUAGGAAAUCCAAGGAUUUUCUAGACGCUCGACUGCGGAAGAAGAGUGACAUUCGGACGCUAGUGAAGCUGCACAACAACAAUGCCGGGCGAUUGGCGGUCAAGCAAUUCAUGCGGAUGGAGUGCAAAUGUCACGGUCUGUCCGGGUCCUGCACCAUGCGUACCUGCUGGAUGAAGAUGCCUCCAUUCUCGGAAGUGGGAACCCGUCUCAAGGAACACUUUGACGGAGCAACCAAGGUGAUAGCCCGCAACGAUGGCCACAGUUUUAUGCCGGACGACUCAUCGAUCAAGCUUCCCACCAAACGGGAUCUGGUGUACACGGAAGAUUCGGACGAUUUCUGUGAACCCAAUCCGAAGACGGGUUCCCUGGGGACUCAUGGACGGGAGUGUAACAUUACUUCGAACGGUGUCGACGGUUGCAAUUUGAUGUGCUGCGAACGAGGCCAGUCCAGAAAACAGGUUGAGGUCAAGAAAAAUUGCAAAUGCAGCUUCAAAUGGUGCUGCGAGGUGACCUGUAGUACCUGCAUCGAUAUCAAGGAGGUCUACACCUGUAAAUAGGCAUCAUAAACAAGUGAUGGAUACGGAAUGGAAACUCUUCAGGCAAAAACCCGGCAAGACUGAUCCAAGUGACAACAGUGAGGAAACGAGUAUUGUUCUAGAAGUGAUUUUGGCUGUAAUGUUAUGUUAAAGGUAUGAAAGGUAGAAUUUGAAAUUGAACCCAGUUGAGCAAACCCAAGAAAUUGUUGUUUUACGGCGCAGUAUGACUUACCAGAUCUUUGAAUAAGCUUUAAACACUAUGUUAGGAUUGAUUAUUACUAAAACCGAUUGACUAAUAAGUAGAAUAGGUUGGCAAAUAUUUAUUGUUAAGUGUGGUUAAACCAAUGCUUUGAAUACAAUUUCCUAAA